AUGGCCUCUGCUGUUUCACUAGCAGGACUCGAGAAGUCCUACGACUACGUCAUCGUCGGUGGUGGCACCGCCGGUUGCGUUCUCGCCAACCGUCUCACCGAGGACAAAGAUGUCCGCGUCCUCUUGCUCGAGGCCGGUGGUGACAAGACCACCGACCCCUUGGUUCUCACUCCCGGCCUCGUUCCCGCCGUUUACGGCAAGGAUGAGUACGACUGGAACUUCCAGUCUGUUCCUCAGUCCACUCUCAACAACCGCAUCAUCAACCAAGCCCGCGGUAAGAUGCUCGGCGGUUCCUCCGCCCUCAACUUCAUGAUGCUGGUGUACCCCUCCAAGGCCUCCAUCGACGCCUGGGCCGCCGUCGGCAACCCCAGCUGGAACUACGAGGCCUUGAAGCCUUACCUCAAGAAGUUCGCCACCGUGGACGUGCCCUCGGCCAGCACCAAGGACAUCUGCGCCCUCACGUACAACAACGACACGGUCGCCUACGGCGACGGCCCCGUCCAGGUCUCCUUCGGCGAAGGGUAUGGCGUCACCAACAAGGGCUGGUUCGACACCUUUGCGUCGCUCGACCUCUUGUCCAAGACGGACGCGCGCGACGGCCAGGCCCUGGGCGCCUUCCAGAACGCCAACUCCAUCGACCCGGCCACCAAGACGCGCUCCUUCUCGGCUGUUACUUAUCUCACUGCCGAGGUCCGCGCCCGCGAGAACCUCAAGAUCCUGACCAACACCCACGUCAACAAGGUCCUUUUUGAUACUACGGGGUCCGAGCCCGUCGCCACCGGCGUCGAGAUCAACGUCAACGGCACCGUCAGUCAAGUCUCCGCCAACCUCGAAGUCAUCCUCUCCGCUGGCGCCCUCCAAUCUCCCCAGAUCCUCGAGCUUUCCGGCGUCGGCGGCAAGGAGAUCCUCGCCCAGCACGACAUCCCCGUUGUCAUCGAGAACCCUGCCGUCGGCGAGGGCAUGCAGGACCACCCGAUCGUGUGCCAGUCCUUCGAGGUCAACGAGGGCACUCCCUCCGGCGACGUGCUGCGCGACCCUGCCGUGGUUCAGGCGUUGUUGGACAUGUACACGGCCGACCGCUCCGGGCCCAUGGGCCAGCUGACCAUCUCGGUCGCCUACACGCCCCUUGUCAACAAGACGGGCGUCGUCUCGGACGAGUGCGUCCAGGAACUCUUUGCGGGCCGUGACUUCUCCAACCCGGCCCGCGCCGCGGUCCGCGACAUCGUCGCCAACCCCAACGAGCCCACCUUCCAGUACAUCCUGUUCCCGACGCAGGUGCACAUCGCCGACAAGCCCGAGAACAUGGCGACGCACCUGAUCCCCGUCGAGCCCGAGAACUUCCUGACCAUCAUGACCAUCUUGAACUCUCCUUUCUCGCGCGGUUCCGUGCACAUCCAGUCCUCCGACCCCAAGGCGUUGCCCGUGUGGGACCCCAAGUUCAACGACGACGAGCUCGACAUGGAGCUUCUCGCGCGCGGCGUGCAGUUCGUCGAGAACCUGGUUGCGCCCGACACUGCUAUGGGCAAGCUUUUGAACCAGACCGGUCGCCGCCUGCCGCAGCUCAAGGGCGACGACCUCGAGACCGCCAAGGAGAUUGUGCGCCAGAGACAGAUUUCCGUCUUCCACGUGUCCGGCUCGUGCGCCAUGCGCCCCCGCGAUGAGGGUGGUGUCGUGAACGAGCGCCUCCAGGUGUAUGGUGCCAAGAAGCUCAGAGUCGUGGACGCUUCCAUCUUCCCUGUUGAGCCGGCGGGUAACAUCCAGGCAGUUGUCUACUCGGUUGCUGAGCGGGCGGCGAAUCUGAUCAAGGAGGAUCGCAAGGCGGGAAAAGUUUGA